AUGGAUGCCCUGAGCAAAAACCGUAGCUGUGUCUCCUAUGGAUCCAAUGCUCUGACUGAGGGACUGGAGCAUCUUCAGGGCUUAAUCUUGGAAGAUGGCCGCAAUGGCACGAUCCAGUGUCCUCACAACCAGUGCUGUUUUGGCAUCUGGGACCUGAACCAAGGACAACUUCAAGCCAAGGUGCAAGGUUGCUGGAUUAGUGAAAAGGAAGCCUGUGAUUCUCCAGCUUGUGAGUUUCGCUCUUUGGCUGCCAUCACCUUGUCCUGUAGGUGCCACUCUGAUCUGUGUAACGCUAACAUCAGCUACGCCGAGCCUGGAAAGAAACCUGGGGACUCCUUGCCUAGUCACGUCAGGAUUACCUGGAUCAGCGUAACCUGCCUACUGAUCUUGCUGUGUUUCUUGGCAUUUCUAGUUCUAAGGCAUCGGAAAGUUCAUGCAGUGCUACUAAGACCAAAAGAAACUGGAGAACUCAACAAGGUAACGAUAGGCUCAGAACUAAAGGAUGAGAGAAAAUUGCCCAGGCUAGAGGUUCCGGAUCUCCAAUUCAUUCAGCUUCUCCACGAAGGGCAGCUUUCUAAACUGUGGCAAGGAACCUUCGGCCAGCAACCUGUGGCCAUCAAGGUCUUUCCUCCUUUGUGCCACCAACAAUUUGCAUCUGAGUGGGCCGUCUACAGCCUCCCAUUGAUGAACCACGAAAACGUGGCACGACUUGUGACUGCUGGAUAUGGAGGACCAAGUGAAGAACACUGUGGUCUCCUGGUACUGCCACUGUACCCAUUGGGAUCCCUACGGAACUUCCUCAGCCAUCACAUUUGUUCCUGGGAUAUCAGCAUCCGGCUCGGAUCAUCCCUUGCCGGGGGCCUUGCUUUCUUACAUGAGGAGAAACGGAAGGAAGGCCUGCAUAAACCUGGGGUGGCCCAUCGUGACCUCAGUAGCCAGAAUGUGCUUGUCCGGGAAGACAGGACUUGUGCCAUAACUGAUUUUGGCUUUGCUAUGACACUCCCUCUGCGACACGAGCAGUCAAGAAAAGGUCCUGCAGAAGCCAUCGUGCACAAGGCAGGAGCUCAGCGUUACGUAGCUCCCGAAAUUUUGGACGAGAACCUGAAUCUGCAGGAUGUGGGCUCGGCACUGAGGCAAGCGGAUGUCUAUUCCCUGGCACUGGUGCUGUGGGAGAUCCUGAUGAGAUGCUCUGAACUUUUCCCAGAGAACAGCAUUCCUGCGUUCCAGCUUGCCUAUGAAGCAGAAUUAGGUAGCAAUCCUACAUAUAGUGAACUGCGAAGGUUGGCUGUCGAGCAAAGGCGAAGACCAAUUGUCCCACCAGCUUGGACAAGAUUUGGGCAAGUAGCUAUUUCCUUGCAAGAGCUCCUAGAAGAUUGUUGGGACCCUGAACCAGAGGCUCGUCUGCAAGCUGAGUGUGCCCUGCAAAGGCUGCAAAGGCUGGGCACUGAGGAUCUGGUAAAAGAGUACUGA